AUAUAAGAAAUUCUAGCAGGUCUACCUCCCCAUCUACGACAACCUGUAGUCUUGUAUAGUGCCAUGGACGGCCGUUUAGAGACUGAUUUGUAUCCUCUGGGAUCCAGUUACGUCACUGAAAUAGACAGUGUCCAUGAUAUAACAGUCGGCACAAAGAGGGGAUCCGACGAACUCUUUUCCUCCUGCAUAUCAAACGGACCUUAUAUAAUGAGCUCUGGAGCAGCGAAUGGUAAUGACAGCAAGAAGUUUAAGGGGGACAUCAGGAGCCCAGGUGUUCCAUCACGAGUCAUUCAUGUACGCAAGCUUCCAAAUGAUAUAAAUGAAGCAGAAGUCAUUGCUUUGGGACUUCCUUUUGGCAAAGUAACCAACCUUUUGAUGUUAAAAGGAAAGAACCAGGCCUUCCUGGAGAUGAACACAGAGGAAUCAGCACAGACCAUGGUCAGCUAUUACUCCUCGGUUACCCCUGUUAUCCGGAACCACCCGAUCUUCAUGCAGUAUUCCAAUCACAAGGAGCUGAAGACCGACAAUUCACCCAAUCAAGUUAGGGCACAAGCUGCACUGCAGGCUGUGAAUGCAGUCCAGACAGGCGGUCUGUCUUUGGCCAGUUCUGAUGGAGUGGGCAUGGGGAGUCAGAGCCCUGUGCUGAGAGUCAUUGUUGAGAACCUCUUCUACCCGGUUACUCUUGACGUCCUUCAUCAGAUCUUCUCCAAGUUUGGAACAGUUUUGAAGAUUAUAACAUUUACCAAAAACAACCAGUUCCAAGCGCUUGUCCAGUACGCUGAUGCAGUGACUGCUCAGCAUACGAAGCUGUCUUUAGAUGGCCAGAACAUCUACAAUGCCUGCUGUACCCUUCGCAUCAGCUUCUCCAAGCUCACCAGCCUGAAUGUUAAGUACAACAAUGACAAGAGCAGGGACUACACUCGUCCUGACCUUCCUACAGGAGACAAUCAGCCCUCCUUUGACCAACAGGCUAUGGCUGCUGCUUUGUCUGCUCCUGGUAUAAUCUCUGCUUCACCCUAUGCUGGAGCUCAUGGUUUCCCACCAACAUUUGCCUUUCAGCAGGCAGCGGGUCUGUCUCUGCCUGGCAUGUCUGCGGGGGCUCUUGCGUCACUCGGCGUCCCCGGGGCCGCGGCAGCCGCCGCCGCUGCUGCUGCAGCUGCCGGUCGUCUAGGCCUCACUGGUCUCACUGCAGGAGGUCAUAGCGUCCUACUGGUCAGCAACCUUAACCCUGAGAGCGUAACGCCCCAAUGCCUCUUUAUUCUUUUCGGUGUGUAUGGUGAUGUCAUGAGGGUGAAGAUCCUCUUCAACAAAAAGGAAAAUGCUUUGGUGCAGAUGUCUGAUGGAACCCAAGCCCAGCUAGCCAUGAGCCACUUGAGUGGGCAGAAAUUUUACGGCAAGGCUUUGCGGGUGACUCUCUCAAAACACACCACCGUGCAGCUGCCGCGUGAAGGCCACGAGGAUCAGGGGCUGACCAAGGACUACAGCAAUUCUCCUCUUCACCGCUUUAAAAAGCCAGGCUCCAAGAACUACUCCAACAUCUUUCCACCUUCCUCUACGCUCCACCUGUCAAAUAUCCCACCUUCUGUUACUGAGGAUGAACUCCGAGGGUUGUUUCUAAGUUCAGGAGCUGUGGUUAAGGCCUUCAAAUUUUUCCAGAAAGACCGUAAAAUGGCUCUCAUCCAGCUGGGCUCUGUGGAGGAAGCAAUUGAGUCCCUAAUCAAAUUUCACAAUCACAACCUGGGAGAAAACCAUCAUCUCAGAGUGUCUUUCUCCAAAUCCACCAUCUGAUGCCGUUGGUGGGUCAGGGAGGCUUUUGUACUUUAGAGUAGGGGGAAAGGACUGUCACUUUAGACCAAACUUUAAGACUUCCACAAUUUAUCACUGUGGACAAUUGUUUUCCACAACACACACUUAAUCAUUCCUUUUAUUAUAUCUAUAUUCACACACACAUUAUAUAUAUAUAUAUAUGUCUAUUUGGAUUUCUACUUUGACCAGUAGACCAGAGGAGUACUUUAACCCAAUGUGGUAUUUGGGUUUUAAUAGUACCUUUCCCAGACAGUUUGUCACACAUACCGGUUUUAGUUUAUUGUUGGCACACAUCUGAUCAUAAAUUCUGCGUAGUUUACACUUGUGCCUCUGCGGAAACCCGCACACUUUCAGGUUGCACACACAAAGCCUUCUUUAUUUGAACCUAUAAUUAAUGUUUUCGGGCUUACCCACUUUAUGCCUUUCAAACAAGCUGUGCCUUACAUGGUGCUUUAAGUAUACAUCUACACAAUUGCCUUCACGAUGUCUUUGAUGUUGGUUCUGUCACAGGAGCCAAUAGCCUUGAACUUGAAGUUGCAUACCAUUUCCAGGUUAAAAGGCAGCAGUGAGCUCUUUACCAGCUUUGCCUUUGUAUCUGACUAUCACAGUCUUUUCUUAUACUUAAUGUGAUUCUACUCCUUAAUACCGUAAGUUUAAAGAAACAUAUUCUAUAGUUUCAUUACUACUGUUUUCUUUUCUUUUUAAGAAAGAUUUACACAUUUCUAUACUGUAUCAAAUAUGGGCAUUGGCCCACCACGCUUCUGUGUCUAAACCACCUUAUUCUCCAUGUAUUUGUGGAGUCCACUUUCUCCGUUGAUUUGCUUGUUUUGCUACUCCGAUUGGAACCAAAUAAUACAGUUAAUAGCCUUAUAGCAUAGUUUUUGUCAUACAUGUGUCAAGUCAAUCGGAUUCGUUUUUUUAAUGUUUUCUUGUUUGCCAAUAUUCUGUUAGUUGCCUUUGGCAAGAGUUUUAAUGAAUGUGUAAUUUUAGUUAAUUACACGUUUCUAUUGGACCUCUGAUCAUUUGUUAAAGAAAUUAGCAUUAUAAAAGUCUUAAGCUGCUUGUUUGACGUUUGCCUGAACCGAGACACCUGUGAUAUGACUUGACUGUUUUGGCACUUUUGUAUUAAGUCCGGGGGGGGGGGUUGGGGGGGAGUGUCUAUGUUAAGGCCAUGGUCUUUCAGUUUCAUCUUGUUUGUGGUAUGAACAGACAUUUCUUUUCGUUUCUUACCCUUAAGCUUGUACUUGUGUAUAGUCAAAAAUGCUCUUUUCUGUUCUUGAGCCUUUGUGUAAGCAGAACAUUGGCAUUCCUGACAGGUGUUGAUUUUGUUUUCAUUAUGGCAUGAUGGACCAAAGCAUCUUCUCUGUUCUGCCAGCCAGUUUUGCCUCUUCUCAAUGCGUAUCAUAAUUCUGUAUUUCUUCUUGCCAGCUGCUUUGAUCCAGUGGGCAAGAGUAAGGCAAAGUUUAGAGGGCUCGUGUGUGUGUAUAUUGUCUUUUUGUUUACAAAACACCUUAAAUACAUUCUGGCUUAAGUAUAUAUAUAUCAAAUGACUAUUUCUGUUCAAGAACAGAACCAAACAAAAGUCUUAAGUAGAGAUGGAUUUUAUAUUACAUUUAGUUAUACUUUUCCAUGUGUACAUGCAAGCAACUUUAAAAACUGUUGAGUGGGUGAAGGAUACUGUAUAUAGGGUUUUUUGUACAAGUUAUUGAAAAUCAGCAUUAGUUCUUUUCUGAAACAUGUAUAUUUUGAUAUGGUAAUACCGGACAUGCAGCUCACUGUAGAGCCUUUCUUUUUUAUUACGCAAUAUUAAAGAGAUUCUUACACGU